GUUGAUAAUCCACAUGGAUCUUUUGCCAGUGUCAAGAAGAAUGUUGAAGUGCAAGCUUACAUUGAUGGUCAUGAUUACUUUCAAGCUAUCGAGAAAGCUAUCAAUGAGGCAAACAAAGAAAUCUUGAUCAUGGGAUGGUGGCUUUCUCCUGAACUUUAUCUCUUGAGACCUUGCGAUAAAGAUGACGAAGAUCUUCGUCUUCAUUCCAUUCUCAAGAAAAAAGCUGAAGAUGGAAUCAAGAUUUUUAUUAUACUCCACCAGGAACAGCCUGAAUAUUUUAAAAUAGAAUCUCAACAUAGUGAAGACAUGUUGCGACACGAUAAUAUUUUUGGUAAUAUAGAAUGA